AUGCCCCAGAUGCGUAAAAGUGAAACUCUUAAAGAUAGGGUGAUUGAAAUGACCCAGGUACGUGAAAGUGAAACUCCUGAAGAUAGGGUGGCCGAAAUCCUUUCUAGGUUGCCGCCAAAGUCUCUGAUGCGGUUCAAAUGUAUAAGCAAGUCUUUGUGCACGGUCAUCAACAAUCCAAGUUUUAUGGCCAAACACCUCAGCAAUUCCGUUGACAACAAAUUCUCAUCCUCCACUUGUAUCCUUCUCCACCGUUCUCAGAUGCCCGUUUUCCCGGACAGAAGUUGGAAAAGAGAAUAUUUCUGGUCCAUGAUUAAUCUUUCCCAUGAUAGUGAUGAGCACAACCUUUAUUAUGAUGUUGAGGACCUAAAUAUACAAUUUCCAUUGGAAGAUCAUGAUCAUGUAUCGAUUCAUGGCUAUUGCAAUGGGAUUGUCUAUCUAAUAGUAGGGAAAAAUGCUGUUUUAUACAAUCCUGCAACGAGGGAACUGAAGCAACUACCUGAUUCAUGCCUUCUUCUACCUUCCGCUCCGGAGGGAAAAUUCGAAUUGGAAUCGACCUUUCAAGGAAUGGGAUUUGGCUAUGAUAGCAAAGCUAAAGAAUACAAGGUUGUCAAAAUUAUAGAAAAUUGUGAGUAUUCAGAUGAUAUGCGAACAUUUUCUCAUCGUAUUGCUCUUCCUCACACGGCUGAGGUAUAUGUCACGACUACUAACUCUUGGAGAGUGAUCGAGGUUGAAAUAUCAAGUGAUACCUAUAACUGUUCUUGUUCAAUAUACUUGAAGGGAUUUUGUUAUUGGUUUGCAAGCGAUGACGAGGAAUACAUACUUUCAUUUGAUUUAGGUGAUGAGAUAUUUCGUAGAAUACAAUUGCCUUAUAGGAAAGAAUCCAGUGUUUUGUUUUAUAAUCUUUUUUUGUAUAAUGAAUCCAUCGCUUCUUUUUGCUCUCAUUAUGAUAAAAGUAACAAUUCUGGAAUAUUGGAAAUACUUGAAAUAUGGGUAAUGGACGACUGUGAUGGAGUCAAGAGUUCAUGGACAAAACUGCUAAUCCUUGGACCCUUUAAAGACAAUAAGAAUUUAUUGACAUUUUGGAAAAGUGACGAGCUUCUUAUGGUUACUUUCGAUAAAAGAGUCAUCUCUUAUAAUUCUAGUACCAGAAAUCUCAAGUAUAUUCAUAUUCCUCCUAUUAUCAAUAAGGUUACAGAUUUUGAAGUUCUUAUUUAUGUGGAAAGUAUUGUUUCAAUGAAGUGA